AUGUCUCUCUUUUCUCUCCCCACCGAGCUCAUCCAACAAAUUCCCUCGAGUAUCCCUUCCUAUGUCCACGGCGACGUAUUCGACCGCUCGUCCGAGUCAAGUAUCAAAGGCCCCAUCAUCGAGCUCGAUCCCACCCUCCGUGGUCUCUGCGCCACAAAUCGAAGGUCAAUCUUCUUUCCGUCUCUCUACGACACUAUCGGGACGGAUUCGGUUGUCCGCUUUAUUGUGUCAUACAGAGAAAACUCUGAAAUUCCGUACAUCCUUAGACAUAUCACAUUCUGUCAGCGAACACAACGGCAGGAAUGGGAUGGAGUGCCAACGGACGGUGCUCUCGGCGGUUUCUCUGCACCCAAUGUCAACGCAAACCGCCACACCAGCCCCUUCACCCGAAACCUCCUCGCACGCCUCCCGUCUCUCCUAUCCUUCACCUCCCAAACAGACGAAUUCUACAUCGACCAGAGACUCAUGACCGUGAUCAACGUAAACCUGCGCAUUCUAUUCGGUAACGGCCCCGCCAACAGCAUCUCCGUCGACCGUCUCGUCCUCUCCGCCCGUGACACGUCCUUCCUAGGCGACCUGAUCGUACCGACAUUCAGGAAACUUCGAACGCUCGAGUUCAAAGCAGUUCCGACCGAUUCUGCGUGGAAACCGGAUGCGUUCAUCGCUAGACAUCCCUCGCUCACGAAUAUCAUCCUAUCGAACUGCGAGGCGAAUGAACCCGAGGGUUUCCCAGGCGAGGAGGCGAGACACAUCCUGGGUGAGGAAGGCGAGGGAGGGAGAGAUGGGAUGACAAUGUGCACGAAGAAGGUGAAGGUGUUCAUAGAGGAUAGGACGGAAGACGUUGUUUCUUGUAUACUCGAAAACCUCCCUACCUGCGCCGAAAUAUGGUUGAAUUUCGAUAUGGAUGAUGGGAGGGACCAGAGUAUCAACAAAAUCCUCUGGUCAAUUCUCCUCUCCUGCUCCAAAUACACCCCUCCUCCGCUCCCUAAGAACCCUUCAUCUCUCCAUCCUCUUCGACGACAGAGAAGCUGGCAAGAUCCCUCCCUCAGUCGAAGCCGGCACGAUCCUUCCCUCAUAUGAACCAGGCAAGAUCCUCUUCUCGGACGACACAGAAGCCAUAAACGACCUCGCAGUCAGACUAACGCCGAGGAUACGAGCACUCGCCGAUCGAUGUCCGAAGCUGAGGACUGUGUUGGUUUCACAGCCGAUUGGCCAUGAUCAGACUCAGAAGUUUUUUUAAGUUCACCGCUCAGAG